CCCGCACAAAGGACGUUACAAAUUACAAUGUUCAGAGGAAAAGCUGGCCAGACCAGAAAAGUAGAGGAAAGGAGACGCUGGUGAUGGGGUUAGGAAAAAGUGGGACUCCUCCCCACGACCAUUGCUAUUAUCCAGAUCAUUUCUAAGGAUUCGGUUUCUGCCAUUUCUGACAGCUGCUUGAGGCCGAGUGAACGUGGUUUUGGAAGAUUGCUUAAACAAAGAAUGGAGGCCAGAGUGGUGCACGCAUUGCAGAAAAGGCAAGUGUCACUUCUUUGUGUGUUUCUGGGAGUGUCUUGGGCUGGCGCAGAACCUCUUCGGUAUUUUGUGGCAGAGGAAACGGAGAGAGGGACCUUUCUGGCCAACCUAGCAAUUGAUCUGGGGUUAGGGGUGGAGGAACUGUCAGCUCGGGGAUGUAGAAUUGUUUCAGAUGAGACCAUAGGAUUUUUACUCCUCAAUCCGCUUACUGGUGAUUUACUUCUAAAUGAGAAAUUAGACCGAGAGGAACUGUGUGGCCCCACAGAGCCAUGUGUGUUGCCUUUCCAGUUGUUACUUGAAAAGCCUUUUCAGAUUUUCCGUGCUGAACUAUGGGUCAGAGACAUCAACGAUCAUUCUCCAGUAUUUCUAGAUAGAGAGAUUACCUUGAACAUAUUAGAAAGUACCACUCCAGGGGCAACAUUUCUCCUAGAAAGUGCACAUGAUUCAGAUGUUGGAAUCAACAACCUGAGAAACUACACCAUCAGCUCCAAUGUUUAUUUCCAUAUUAAUGUCCAUGAUAACGGGGAAGGGAAUGUUUAUUCCGAAUUGGUACUAGAUAAAGUGCUGGAUCGUGAAGAGGUUCCUGAGCUGCGUUUAACCCUCACCGCCUUGGAUGGCGGUUCUCCGCCCAGAUCCGGAACCACCCUCAUACGCAUCCUGGUUUUGGACAUAAAUGACAACGUCCCUGAAUUUGUAGAGUCGCUUUACAAGGUCCAGGUGCCUGAGAACAGCCCUGUUGGUUCCCUGGUUGUCACUGUGUCAGCUAGAGAUUUAGAUACCGGAAGUAAUGGAGAAAUCGUCUAUGCAUUUUUUUACGCUACUGAAAGAACUCUCAAAACGUUUCGAAUCAAUUCAACAUCUGGCAAUCUUCAUCUUAAAGCCGAAUUGAACUACGAGGCAAUACAAACUUAUACAUUAACUAUUCAGGCCAAAGAUGGUGGAGGGCUUUCUGGAAAAUGUACUGUGGUGGUCCAUGUAACAGAUAUAAACGAUAAUCCACCAGAACUGCUCAUGUCAUCACUUACUAGCCCAAUCCCAGAAAACUCACCAGAGACAGUAGUCGCUGUUUUUAGGAUUAGAGACAGAGAUUCAGGGAACAAUGCAAAGAUGGUGUGCUCCAUCCAAGACCAUCUCCCCUUCGUCCUGAAGCCAUCAGUAGAGAAUUUCUACACCUUGGUAACAGAGAGAGCACUAGACAGAGAAGAAAGAACCGAGUACAACAUCACCAUCACCGUCACCGACCUGGGGACCCCCAGGCUGAAAACCCAGCACAACCUCACGGUGACCGUGUCCGACGUCAACGACAACGCCCCGACCUUCAGCCAGACGACCUACACCCUGCGCGUCCGCGAGAACAACAGCCCCGCCCUGCACAUCGGCAGCGUGAGCGCCACCGACAGAGACUCGGGCGCCAACGCCCAGGUCACCUACUCGCUGCUGCCGCCCCACGACCCGCAGCUGCCGCUGGGCUCGCUGGUGUCCAUCAACGCGGACAACGGGCAGCUGUUCGCGCUCAGGUCGCUGGAUUUCGAGGCGCUGCAGGCGUUCGAGUUCCGCGUGGGCGCGGCCGACCGCGGCUCGCCGGCGCUCAGCAGCCAGGCGCUGGUGCGCGUGCUGGUGGCGGACGCCAACGACAACGCGCCGUUCGUGCUGUACCCGCUGCAGAACGGCUCGGCGCCCUGCACCGAGCUGGUGCCGCGGGCGGCCGAGGCGGGCUACCUGGUGGCCAAGGUGGUGGCGGUGGACGGCGACUCGGGCCAGAACGCCUGGCUGUCGUACCAGCUGCUCAAGGCCACGGAGCCCGGGCUGUUCGGCGUGUGGGCGCACAACGGCGAGGUGCGCACGGCGCGGCCGCUGAGCGAGCGCGACGCCGUCAAGCACAGGCUGCUGGUGCUGGUCCGGGACCACGGCGAGCCGCCGCUGUCGGCCAGCGUCACGCUGCACGUGCUGCUGGUGGACGGCUUCUCGCAGCCCUACCUGCCGCUGCCGGACGCGGCGGCGGCCGAGGCCCGCGCCGACCCGCUCACCGUCUACCUGGUGGUGGCCUUGGCGUCCGUGUCGUCGCUCUUCCUGUUCUCGGUGCUGGUGUUCGUGGCGGUGCGGCUGUGCAGGAGGAGGCGGGCGGCGUCGGGGGGCGGCUGCUCGGUGCCCGAGGGUCCGUUUCCGGGCCACCUGGUGGACGUCAGCGGCGCGGGGACCCUGUCCCACAGCUACCAGUAUGAGGUGUGUCUGAGGGGAGGCUCUGGGACUGGCGACUUCAAGUUCCUCAAGCCCAUUAUCCCUAAUCUGCAGUUUCAGAGCAUAGGAAGGGAAGUGGAAGAAUAUUCGUCACGUCAGAAUGAUUUGGGUUUCUGAUAAAGGAUGAAAAAUAAAUGCCCAUAUUGUGUCUUUAAGUAUAUUUUAAUUAUGAAAUUCAUCCUGAGUUACCUGUACAGAAUUGCUUUCAUAUUAUUUCUAACAUCGUUAAAGCCCUAGAACAAUUUUUUUUCGCAGAGAAACGGAUCCUGCCUUAGCCCUAGGAAGCUUCCACAAAGCAUGGAAUGUAUGUUUUGUAGUUUAUCUCAAACAAUUAUGCAUUGUUUGCAAUGUAUUACAUGAUAAAUAUUGUUUGAGAUCUUUUAAGUUGGUUUUGUCUUUAAAGUUUAUUGCUACUCAUUUUUUUUGAGUUGGAAUGCUGUACUAUACCUAUUCUUAGUUUUAGAACCAUAGGUUGUUAGGUUGCCUGGGUGGCUCAGUUGG